CAUAGCUGGAUUUCACAGGAGGGUAACAUGACAAAACUUAAAGACAAUUAAUAGUAGUUAUUUAUUGCAAUAAAUCUUGUUACAUAGAAACAAGUUUGAAUCUGUCUCUGCUCAACUGCCCCCAGUUUAGUGCAUACGGAAGAUGAAGUGAAAGCAUGAUCACAUAUAUAGCAGCUAUGUUCCAGUCAACGGUACAUUAAUAUAGUGGCGGCAGAGGUCUGCUCUGGUGUCAUUUCUGGAGAUUGCUGAUGGCUGGAGGAAGUGUAAUGUAUGAAAAUACAUGACACUUGUGAUCAGGUGGUGGACCACAUGUGCAGCAAAACACUUUCCGCUCUUGUCAUAUCUGAUGUAUCAGAGCAAGACAUCGCCAACACCACACAAGGGCACAGACACUCAUCUAUCCGAUCACAAACUCUCCUUCUCGCCUGCGUGUCAGCAUGGUGCGCUGGGCACUAGCAUGGCAUGUCCUGGUUCUGCUGGGACUUCUGGACUCCUGCAAGGGGCUGCUCAUCCCCCGAACAUCUUUUGACAUUGGAACCUCGGGCAGAUCUGUCACCCGUUUCACUACUCCUGGUGUGGAGAACAGCACCACACUGUUGCUAAGUGAUGACGGUGCCACACUGUAUGUGGGGGCACGAGAUGCCGUGCUCUCUCUGGAUGUCAGCAAGCCGGGCAUCAUGGAGAUAAAGAGACAGAUUGACUGGUCACCAGAAAAGAAUGAGCUUCGAGAUUGCACUGAGAAAGGAAAGAGUGAGAUGGAUUGCCACAAUUUUGUCCGGGUCCUGCAGUUCCUGAAUACCACUCACAUCUAUGCCUGCGGAACUUUUGCCUACAAUCCCACCUGCAACUUCAUAAACACCGAGACUUUUACCCUUCUGAGCAACUCGAAAGAGACACGAGAGGAUAAUCGAGGGCGCUGCCCUUUUAACCCGCACCAGAGGAGCACAGCCAUUGCUGUUGAUGGAGAGCUGUACACGGGGACUGUGUCAAACUUUUUGGGUGACCGACCAGUUAUCUCACGUUUCCUGAGUGAAAGGAGUCUGAAAUUAGACGACCAACAGGGCUGGCUGUCAGAGCCCACUUUCGUCAGCUCUACCUUCGUCCCCAGUGAGGGUAAAGUGUAUUACUUCUUUAGGGAGACAGGCAUGGAAUAUACAUUCAUUAAUGACUACACCGUCUCUCGAGUUGGCCAGGUCUGCACGAGUGAUGUGGGAGGGAAGUUAACUCUGCAGAAGCGCUGGACCACCUUUGCCAAGGCACAGCUCCUCUGCCAGGCUGACACAAACUUGCCAUUCAAUAUCAUCCAGGACAUGGUCACCCUCCCACCACCAGAGGGCGCUCCUCCAGACGACACACUGUUUUAUGGCAUCUUCAGCUCACAGUGGCCAGUGGCCUCAGGGCAGUCAGCAGUGUGCAAGUUUCGACUUGGGGACAUAAAAGGAGUGUUUGCUGGAAACUACAAGACGCUUAACCGGGGCACACUGCGUUGGGACUCUGCUCACAAAGUGAAGGUGGCCAGUCCUGGGCAGUGUGGACUACACGAUGCCUCCGACGACAAGCUGAGUUUUGUGAAGGAGAACUUCCUGGCGGAAGGCAGAGUGCAGCCAGCGGACCGGGGUCCGUCACUGGUGUCUCCUGACCAGCUCUACAGCAGAGUCGUGGCCCAGAGGACACGGGCAGCCAGUGGCAGGGACUUCACGGUGCUCUUCUUACUCACUGAAUCUGGCUUCCUUCACAAAACAGUGCUGUCUGACAAAGGGCCUCAUAUCAUAGAGGAGAUCCAGGUCUUCAAGCAGCCACAGUCCGUUAAAAAUAUUCUCCUCUCCCUCACCAAGGGAGUGGUGUUCGUGGGCUCCUCCGAGGGUGUGUUCCAGGUUCCAGUGUCCAACUGCUCAUUCUACUCAACCUGUGCUCAGUGUGUGCUGGCCCGGGACCCCUUCUGUGGCUGGGACCCCAACCGACUGACCUGUGCGGAAGUCACCAGCAUCUCCUCUGGCGCAGCCCAGGAUGUGGAGCUGGGAAAUGUGAAGAAGGCGUGUGGCACAGUCCGCUCAGGUCCCCCGGAAAGGGUGAUAUAUGUGCAGAUGAAUGACGUGGUGAAGCUGCACUGUCCGAGGGCCUCCAGACUGGCGGUGCUACGCUGGGAGGGCCGCAAUGGCAAACUCCGGGCAGACACCUUCCUGCAGCAGGAAAACGGCCGCUUGAGCUUCCUAGCCUCUCCCCACACGCUGGAGACCUACCACUGCGUCGCUGCCGAAAACGGCUAUGAAGAGACCCUGCGCAUCAUCUCUGUGAAGCAAGUUUCUCAAGUCUCCCCUCGAUCCUUCAAGCCUAACGACACCCCCAUACAGAGCCGGCCUAUGACAACACAGAAACCGAGUCUGGGGCCAAUGAAGGAGGACACGGAAAUGACAGCGGAAGUGGCCAAGGCGUGGGCGGAGACAGGGAGAGAGGAAGUGACGGAGGCGUGGAAGGAGACAGGGAGAGAGAAAGUGACGGAGGCGUGGGCGGAGACAGAGAGAGAGGAAGUGAUAGAUGUGUGGGCAGAAAUUCAACCAGGAUCAACCAAUGUCCGAAAAGAUGUGGCCAUAGCCACUCAGGCAGAGGAUGUCUCAUCCACUCUGAUCUAUGAAAACUUCUCCAAUAGGAGGCCAUUAAUUCAAUUUCAGAGCCCCUUCCCUUCAAGUGAUGUCAAGAGUUACUUCAGUGAAAUGCUUGUGGUCACCCUUCUAUUGGUGGUGUCUCUGUGCAUGCUGAUGGUAAGUGUAGUCUAUAUUUAUCAUCAGCGGAGUUCUGGUAAAACAGCUCUUCAGGGGUAUCCCAGCACAGACGAUGAGGCAGUAAGCUCUAAGGAGUGUGACCCCCUCUCUGAGGAGGAACCACCUGGCAGUUUGCUGAAAUAGAGCAAGGAAGAGCGGAGCCAGGAGACUGUGGGCUGCACCACUCCACCCGGGUCCAGCCAGGAGCUCACAGUGUGUCUGUGUAAAGCACAGGGCCUAUCCACCCUGUGUCAAAUUCAGUAAUGUGCCUCAAUGUUAUGACUCAAGCAAACUAAUACUCUUGAAAUUGUUGAAUGCCUGAUGAAUGCGGCCACUGAAGUUGUCAGAUAAAAAAUGACAUUGGGGAAAUCUUCCGGUUGCUUAAUUUGCAGAGGAAACCACACCCUACUCCCUUUGCUACUGUAAAAAUCUAUUUUGCUAUUUGUUAAUAUGUGCAAUACAGACAAACUUGCAAAUAAAUAUCUUUUAAAGACCAGAUGCUAAGUGCACUGGUAGAAUGUAUUGAUGUUUAAUAUAAUUUUAAUGGUUUAAUAUGCUUUUAAGGAUUUAUUGGUUGAAUGUGUUUCCUGUAGUAAUAAUAAUAAUAAUGAUAAUAAUAAUAAUAAUAAUAAUAAUAAUAAUAAUAAUAAUAAUAAUAAUACCAUCAUAAUAAGAUCUCCCAAGCAUGGCACAUUGCUUUUACAUUAAGUUGGGCUAGUGUUUUCAAAGUUCAAAAUAAAUGGGUUGCAUAUACAUAAGCUAAUUGUUGAUUUUUUUUAAUUUACCUUAUAAAAUUGAAUAUUGUUAAUGGCAUAUAUUUUAUUUUUGUAUUCAGUUUUAUUUAUUGUUUUAUUGUUCCUGCUUUGUGUAUAUCAGUGUCAUCACAUUUUCACAUUUUGUAUUUGCAUAUUCUUACCAAUUCUUACGUGAAAUUGAGUCAUAAAUUGAAUUAUUGAUGAAGUCAUUUUUAUUGUUGUAUGUUUUUCUACAACUUUUACAGCAUGGAUACUCUAAUCUUACUUAAAAUAACUGUUCUUUUCAUUUUGAAAAUAAACUGAUAAAGAAAAAUA